UUGAUAUAUAAAUAAAUAAAUUAACAAUGAACAGGGCAAAAGAGUCAUCACAAAAUGAAACGAAAAAUAAGCUAGGGUUGCCACCCAAGGAAUUUUUCAAAGUUACAAACGUUGCAAGAUACAGAUACAACCCAUAUAAAGUAAGGCACAGUGAGAGAGACCCACCCAACAGAUGGAGCUUGUUUAAGAAUAUGAUAAAAUCUUUGCCAUUCUUCUGCAAAUAAAGAAUCUUCAGUCAAAGAAUUAGGAAGUAAGCCAGUGAAGCCUAAUGAGCCUACCAUCAAUGAGGAAAUAAUCACAUUAGAAGAACAAAGCUCUAGACCAAAGCUCAACAAUAUCAAUGUAGAAAGUCUUGAAAAUCAAAUAAAUAAAUCAAGUGGGGAUGAGGAACAAAGUGAAGAUUGCUUCGAGGCUAAAAAUAAAAGUUCUCCAGUUCUAAAAUCCGUCCUGAAGAAGCCAGGAUCCCGGUCUCAAAAAUCCGGCAAAAUCAUCAAAGAAAUUGCGCGAAAGCCGAAUUAUAAGAGCCAAAAGUUCCUUGAGGAGAGCUCCAGUGAGGAAGUCUCUGUUUCUCGUAAAAGAAAAUACCAAGAAUUUGAAGAUAACAAUCAAUUAUCAACCUCCUUACAAAAAGACCUCCAAGAGUCAGUAGUUCCCGUCAGUAAGCGUGGCCUCAAGAAUAAAAGAGCUAAGAGGAAAAGCUCAGAUGUUGGUAAAGAAGUCAAUCUUGAGAAAGCCAAGAAGAGAAAACUCAAAAGUAUUCAAAAGGCCUGACUUUCAUCUGAAGAAGUCAGCGAUUCUUCCAGUAGUUCUAACGCUACUAUCAAUACACAUGAAAGGGAGAGGAUAAAACACCAUUUCCAGACAUAUCUUACUGAGAUUGCUAAGGAAAAGCUAGAGAAGGAUGAUACUAAGAAUUACCUUAAGGAUAUCCUCCUCCCAAUCAUCAGAGAGGAAAGAGAGCAGAGCAAGAAGGAUACAAUUGAACUUCUAAGAGAGCAAGGGCUCAUCCCAUCAACUAAAACUGGAAGAGUCAACACUCAGGAUCUGGACCAAGACCCAUUCCUGGAAGAUGAGGGCUUUGUAAGAAGCGAUAUUUCUGGAAACACUACUCCAAAAAGAAGCCCUUCCAUUCCUAACACAGAGAGAAAAGUUAGCCAUGGUCGAAAGAAUUCAUUUAAAAUGGCAAGGACCUCUUCUAGUCAGGAAAGGAAGUUAUUAAAUACCCCAAAGAGAAAUGAGAAUAAAGUCUUCCUUCAGAGGCAGAUCAUCAAACCGGAUAAUACUCUUGAAGUAACCCCCUUAAAGCCAACAGAGACUAACAAAACUAUUGAGGAAGACAAGAAUGAAGAUAAAGAACCACCUCAGAGCAUCCUUGACGAGAUGAGGAAUGUUGGAAGGGCCACAAGCACAUCAAUUUUAGUAGGCAGAUCUAUAGCGAAAACAAUGGCUGAUAAGCCCCCUUUGAAUUUCAAAAGCUCUGGGACUGAAAAAGAUAAAAAGCCUGCCCAAGAAAUUAAAGUAAAUUCUCUAUUUGUGAAACCUGACCAAGUCAGUACUGAAGUUAAACCUGAAAACUCAGAGAAAAAGGAUUCUAAGCCAACAUUAUCUAUCUUUGGGACACCUAGCCAGGAUGUUCUCAAUGAGUUGAAAAAUAGCAGGGCUUGCCAUAACUCUUCCCCAGUUUUUGGAGAGUCAAAGAAUGAGAAAACCGAUUCUACAGAGAAGACAGCUGAAAAGGAGAUUAAGAAGCCAACAGCCUUAUUUACUCAGAAAAUAACUCCUAUUGCAGAAGCUCCUGAAGAAGAUGGUGGCCAAGAAGAGAAAGAAACUACCUCUGUCAAAGCACCAUCUUUGUUCCAGCCAAAACCAACUAUCCCAAAGAAAGUAGGAUCAGAUAAGAAGCAGGAAGAAGAGAAGAAACAAGAGGAAGAGAAGAAGCCGGAAGAUAAGAAACCUCUGUUUGGAGCAAAGCCCGGAUCAAGUUCUCUUUUCAGUGGUUCUUCUACUCCAUCUUCAACAUCAUUAUUCCAGAAGCCUGCUGAAGAAAAGCCUGAGGAGAAGAAGCCUGCUGAGAGUACUUCGCUAUUUAAUAAGCCAAGUACAACCUCUUUGUUCUCUAGUAAGAUAGACCCAUUGCCAAACUUGGAUAAGAAAUUAAGUUCGGCUGGAGGGAAUCCCUUCUUGGCAAAGAACUUAUCCUCCGGCAGUGCUGUGAACCUAUUCUCUGGAGCAAAGCCAACAAAUGAAGGACCUAAGAACUUAUUUAGUGAUAGUUCAAGCAAACCUCCUAAAGAAAGCUCUUCAUUAACUAUUGGAGAAGCUGGAACUUCUGGCCUUGGACAGACCCAAAAACCCUCUCUUUUCUCUAGCCAGAAUUCAGAAGAUGUAGGAAUGGGAGGAACAACUCCUCCAACUCUUAGCGGUCAGAAGUUGCAAAAGGAAGGAGGAAGUCUGUUUGCGUUCCAGAACCCACAAAGAAGUGCCCCUUCCACUUCUCUCUUCGGAGGGCAAGGAAAUAGUGGAGCUAGUCAAUCUCAAGGACCAUUAUUUGGAAGCCAGAGCAGUAGCAAUGCAUUCUCCAUUGGGCCGGCAAAAGAGAAAAAGAGUUUAUUUGGAGCUAAUUCUGCUUCAGAUCCUAACCAAGGGCAGCCUGCUCUGAAUAAGACCUCAAGCUGGGCCCAACCAAUAUUCAGUGGUGUUUCAAAGCCAAAGAAGAAGGAUGAUGGACUAUUUAGUGAUACCAAGAGAUAAUCAACGCUACUUAACUUUUCUAUAUUUAAAAUUUUAUAAGG